GUCAGGAUGGCUCAGAACAGACACCUCUCCCUUCAGGGACUCUGUUUCCUCCUCCUCAGCACUGUGUUGAGGGGUCAAGCUCUGGAGCUGAGGCUGAAGGAUGGAGGCCACCGCUGUGAGGGGAGAGUGGAAGUGAAGCAUCAAGGAGAAUGGGGCACAGUGUUUGACUUCAACUGGAUCUUGGAGGAUGUAGCUGUGGUGUGCAGACAGCUGCAGUGUGGAGCUGCCGUUGAUGCUCCCCGAAGGGCUUAUUUUGGACCAGGGGUUGGCCCCAUUUGGCUUCGGUAUGCUUCAUGUAAAGGGACAGAGUCAGCUGUUAGGUACUGUAGGCAUUCUGAUAUCAUAGACUAUCGUGAUUAUAGUCUUUCCCAUGACUGGGAUGCUGGAGCAGUCUGCUCAGGGUUUGUGAGUCUAGCUGAGGGGGAUGGACCCUGUUCUGGGCGAGUAGAAGUGCAUUCUGGAGAAGCCUGGACCCCAGUGUCUGAUGGGAACUUUACACUCCUCACUGCCCAGGUCAUCUGUGCAGAGCUGGGAUGCGGCAAGGCUGUGUCUGUCCUGGGACUUGUGCCCUUCAGAGAGUCAGAUGGCCAGGUCUGGGCUGAAGAGUUCAGGUGUGAAGGGGAGGAGCCUGAGCUCUGGUCCUGCCCCAGAGUGCCCUGUCCAGGGGACACUUGUCAUCACAGUGGAGCUGUUCACCUUGUCUGUUCAGUGUAUGCAGAUGUCCGGCUCAUGAGAAAUGGCACCUCUCAGUGUGAGGGGCAAGUGGAGGUGAAUAUUUCUGGACGAUGGAGAGCACUCUGUGCCUCCCAGUGGAGUCUGGCCAAUGCCAAUGUUGUCUGUCGUCAGCUCGGCUGUGGAGUCGCCAUCUCUACUCCUAGAGGACCACACUUUGUGGAAGGAAGUGACCAAAUCUCAACAGCCCGAUUUCACUGCUCAGGGGCUGAGUCCUUCCUGUGGAGUUGCCCUGUGACUGCCCUGGGUGGUCCUGACUGUACCCAUGGAAACACAGCCUCUGUGAUCUGCUCAGAAAACCAGACUCAGGUGAAGCGCCAGUGUAAUGACUUCGAGUCUGAACCAGCAGUUUCCGCAGCCUCAGAGGAGAGCCCCGCCAACUGCUCAGACAGCAGACAGCUCCGCCUGGUGGACGGGGAUGGUCACUGCGCCGGGAGAGUGGAGAUCCUUCACCAGGGCUCCUGGGGCACCAUCUGUGAUGAUGGCUGGGACCUGGACGAUGCCCACGUGGUGUGCAGGCAGCUGGGCUGUGGAGAAGCCCUCAAUGCCACGGUGUCUGCUCACUUCGGAGAGGGAUCAGGGCCCAUCUGGCUGGACGACCUGAAUUGCACAGGAGAGGAGUCCCACGUGUGGAAGUGCCCUUCCCAGGGCUGGGGGCGGCACAACUGCAGACACAAGCAGGACGCAGGGGUCAUCUGCUCAGAGUUCCUGGCCCUCAGGAUGGUGAGCGAGGACCAGGAGUGUGCUGGGUGGCUGGAAGUUUUCUACAACGGGACUUGGGGCAGUGUCUGCCACAGCCCCAUGGAAGACAUCACUGUGUCCAUCAUCUGCAGACAACUUGGCUGUGGGGACAGUGGAACCCUCAACUCUUCUGUUGCUCUUAGGGAAGGUUCUAGACCCCGGUGGGUAGAUGAAAUCCAGUGCCGGAAAACUGAUACCUCUCUCUGGCAGUGUCCUUCUGACCCUUGGAAAUACAGUUCGUGCUCUUCAAGGGAGGAAGCCUAUAUCUCCUGUGCAGACAGCAGACAAGUCCGCCUGGUGGACGGGGGCAGUCGCUGCGCCGGGAGAGUGGAGAUCCUUCACCAGGGCUCCUGGGGCACCAUCUGUGAUGAUGGCUGGGACCUGGACGAUGCCCACGUGGUGUGCAGGCAGCUGGGCUGUGGAGAAGCCCUCAAUGCCAUGAUGUCUGCUCACUUCGGGGAGGGAUCAGGGCCCAUCUGGCUGGAUGACCGGAACUGCACAGGAAAUGAGUCCCACGUAUGGAGGUGCCCUUCCCGGGGCUGGGGGCAGCACAACUGCGGGCAUGACGAGGAUGCAGGAGUCAUCUGCUCAGGGUUUGUGCAUCUGGUUGGAGGGGGUGGACCCUGCUCAGGGCAGGUAGAAGUGCAUUCUGGAGAAGACUGGAUUCCAGUGUCUGAUGGGAAUUUUACACUCCCCACUGCCCAGGUCAUCUGUGCAGAGCUGGGAUGCGGCAAGGCAGUGUCUGUCCUGGGACACAUGCCUUUCAGAGCAUUAGAGGGCCGGGUCUGGGCUGAAGAGUUCAGGUGUGAAGGGGAGGAGCCUGAGCUCUGGUCCUGCCCCAGAGUGCCCUGUCCAGGGGGCACUUGUCAUCACAGUGGAGCUGUUCACCUUGUCUGUUCAGUGUAUGCAGAUGUCCGGCUCAUGAGAAAUGGCACCUCUCAGUGUGAGGGGCAAGUGGAGGUGAAUAUUUCUGGACGAUGGAGAGCGCUCUGUGCCUCCCAGUGGAGUCUGGCCAAUGCCAAUGUUGUCUGUCGUCAGCUCGGCUGUGGAGUCGCCAUCUCUACUCCUAGAGGACCACACUUUGUGGAAGGAAGUGAUCAGAUCUCAACAGCCCGAUUUCACUGCUCAGGGGCUGAGUCCUUCCUGUGGAGUUGCCCUGUGACUGCCCUGGGUGUUCCUGACUGUACCCAUGGAAACACAGCCUCUGUGAUCUGCUCAGGAAACCAGACCCAGGUGCUGCCCCAGUGCAACCACUCCCUGUCUGAACCAGCAGGCUCUGCAGCCUCAGAGGAGAGCCCCACCAACUGCUCAGACAGCAGACAGCUCCGCCUGGUGGACGGGGGCAGUCACUGCGCCGGGAGAGUGGAGAUCCUUCACCAGGGCUCCUGGGGCACCAUCUGUGAUGAUGGCUGGGACCUGGACGAUGCCCACGUGGUGUGCAGGCAGCUGGGCUGUGGAGAAGCCCUCAAUGCUACGGGGUCUGCUCACUUCGGGAAGGGAUCAGGGCCCAUCUGGCUGGAUGAACUAAACUGCACAGGAAAGGAGUCCCACGUGUGGAGGUGCCCUUCCCGGGGCUGGGGGCGGCACGACUGCAGACACAAGGAGGAUGCGGGGGUCAUCUGCUCAGAGUUCCUGGCCCUCAGGAUGGUGAGCGAGGACCAGGAGUGUGCUGGGUGGCUGGAAGUUUUCUACAACGGGACCUGGGGCAGUGUCUGCCGCAGCCCCAUGGAAGACAUCACCUUGUCCAUCAUCUGCAGACAGCUUGGCUGUGGGGACAGAGGAACCCUCAACUCUUCUGUUGCUCUUAGGGAAGGUUCUAGACCCCGGUGGGUAGAUGGAAUCCAGUGUCGGAAAACUGAUGCCUCUCUCUGGCAGUGUCCUUCUGAUCCUUGGAAAUACAGUUCAUGCUCUUCAAAGCAGGAAGCCUAUAUCUUGUGUGCAGGAAGGAGACCUAAGAGCUGUCCAACUGCGGCCCCCUGCACAGAAAAAGACAAGAUCCGACUCAGGGGAGGAGACAGCGUGUGCUCAGGGCGGGUGGAGGUCUGGCACAGCGGCUCCUGGGGCACAGUGUGUGAUGACUCCUGGAGCCUGGCAGAGGCCGAGGUGGUGUGUCAGCAGCUGGGCUGUGGCCAUGCCCUGGAAGCCGUGCGGGACGCGGCAUUUGGCCCUGGAAAUGGGAGCAUCUGGCUGGACGAGGUGCAGUGCGGGGGCCGGGAGUCCUCCCUGUGGGACUGUGCUGCGGAGCCCUGGGGGCAGAGCGACUGCAAGCACGAGGAGGAUGCUGGUGUGAGGUGCUCUGGUGGAAGAACAACUUUGCCCCCCACUCGAGCAGGGACCAGACCAGGCUCAAAUCCUGUUCUUGGCAUCUUCUCCCUACCUGGGAUCCUCUGCCUUAUCCUGGGGGCUCUUCUCUUCCUGGUCCUCAUCAUCCUGGUGACUCAGCUGCUGAGAUGGAGAGCAGAGCGCAGAGCCUUAUCCAGUGUAGAAGAUGCUCUUGCUGAGGCCGUGUACGAGGAGCUUGAUUACCUUGUGACAGCAAAGGAGGAUCUUCUGGGCAACACAGGGUUCCCAUCAGAUGACUCAGUGACUGAACUGCCACAUUACACUGGGGACAGUGAGGACCACGGUGACUAUAGAUCUGCUGCAGAUGACAGGACUGAUGCCCCUGGUGAAGGUUACGAUGAUGCUGAAGAGGUGCCAGUGCCUGGGGCUCCUCCCGCCCCCCAGGGAAUCGAGGGGGAAGUGCCCCCAGUGAAGGAGAAUGGGGUGAGGGCCUCUCAGGCAGGCUCUUCUCUGCGCUUCUCUAGAGAGGCGGCUGAUCCUGGGAGAGGAGAAGAGAGCCUCCGGCUGCUCCAGGGGGAGAGGGGGGACGCUGGGUAUGAUGACGUUGAACCAAGUGCCCCUGAAACAGCCAUGGUGGCUUUCCCAUGA